AUGCAUCUCAUUCUCACUGGGGCCACGGGCCUGGUCGGCUCCGGCGUUUUGGAUGCCAUGCUCAAAUCAAAAGAUAUCACCAAAAUUUCAAUCUUAAGCCGGAAACCAGUGCCUAUGGUGGCCGAUGAUCCAAGAGUCAAUGUGAUACUCCAUAGAGAUUUUGCAAAAUACGAACCUCAAGUUCUCGAACAGUUGCAAGGAGCCAAUGGAGUAGUUUGGGCGUUAGGUAUCAGUCAACUCAAAGUCACAAAGGAGGAAUACGUAACCAUCACCAAAGAUUACACGCUUGCUGCUGCCAAAGCCUUCUCUAGCCUGGUAACGACCAAGGAACCUUUCCGCUUUAUCUACGUCUCUGGCCAUGGCGCGACAUUUAAUCCUACCUAUUUCACCCCGAUCUUCGGGAGGGUCAAGGGAGAGACCGAAAAAGAGCUAUCCGAGUCACGCACCCCUCAAUUUCACAUCGAGUCUGUACGUCCCGCUGGCGUAGACGCGAGUAAUCACGAUGCCAUCAAACCACAUAUUCCCAACCCUGGCAUGCUCUUAAACGCGACACUCUUUUUCAUGAGACCGCUCAUGGGAACUGUGCUCAAUUCUUUGCACAGCCCGACAGAGCAGCUUGGGCCCUUUUUGGCCGGCCUGGCGAUGGGUAAGUAUGAUAAGCAGUUGGAUGCGGGUGGUGAAGGCAUCGCAAAUCUGAAUGGUUCCAGGAUAUUGGAGAAUUUGGCGUUCCGAAGGUUAUAUCAACAGGCGCAGGCUUUUACUUGA